UCCGGGUCCGAAUCAACCCCAGCACGGGACACCUACUACUUGCUGCAAUGAGCGCCUGGAUGUUCCUGUUUUUGCUGUUGGAAGCCUGCGCAGGGCACUGGAGGGCACAGGAGUCCAAGGUGCUGGGGGGCCAGGAGUGCAAGCCCCAUUCGCAACCUUGGCAGGUGGCCUUGUUCCAGGAAAACCAUCUGCUAUGUGGGGGUGUCCUCAUAGAUGACAACUGGGUUCUCACAGCAGCCCACUGUAAAAAAUCGAAGUACACAGUGCACUUGGGAGAUCAGAGACUGCAGAAAGGGCCAGAGCAAGAAAGGGCUGUGGCUCAGUCCAUCCCACAUCCCUGCUACGACAGCAACAACGAUGACCACAAGCAUGAUCUGAUGCUCAUUCGACUCUGCGGGCCAGCAUCCCUCGGGAACAAAGUGAAGCCCAUCAACCUGACAGAUCACUGCCCUCAAGCUGGCCAGAAGUGCACCAUCUCAGGCUGGGGCACUAUUUCCAGUCCUCAAGAGAACUUUCCUGAUGCCCUCAACUGUGCGCAAGUAGAGAUCCUUCCCCAGAAAAAGUGUGAAGAAGCCUACCCUGAGGAAGUCACAGAGGGCAUGGUCUGUGCAGGGGACAGCAACGGGGCUGACUCAUGCCAGGGAGAUUCCGGGGGCCCACUGGUGUGUAACGGCGUUCUCCAAGGCAUCACUUCCUGGGGAUCAGACCCCUGUGGGCAGCCCAAGAGACCUGGUGUCUACACCAACAUCUGCCUCUAUCUGGACUGGAUCAAGAAGACCAUAGGCAACAGGAGCUGA